AUGUCAUUCCCGAAUUGUCGGGACCUAUAUCUAGCGCCCUUACGCGGCCUCGUCGCCGCCCUUCAGCGGCCCCACCACCGCCUCUCAGCGGCCCCGUUGCCGCCCCUUGCGGCCCCAUCGCCGCCCUUCCUCGGCCCCUCCGCCGCCCUCCCCGGCCCUGCCGAGCAGCCGAGCCGCCGUCACCACCGAGCCGCCAAGCUGCCAAGCCGCCUGAGCCGCCGAGCCGCCUCUGCCGCCGAGCCGCCCAGCCGCCCAGCCGCAGAGCCGCCGAGCCGCCAAGCCACCGAUCUGCCGAGCCGCGCAGCGACAGAGCCACCGAGCCGCCGGGCCGCCCCGCAGCCGAGACGCCACACUCACUGCAGUCAUGGCCCUGUCCCUGCCGGCCUGCCUCGGCCCGCCUCACCUGCCCGUGUUCUCACCUUUGACGCUGAGGGUCGGGCUGUUAACUUUGAUGUCUGGGUAGAUGAUCUGCAGCUUUUCCUACAGUGCGAUAGGGCAGACGGUCCCUCCCUGUUUGACCUCACUUCUGGUGCCUCUCCUUCCCUUGCUGCUGAUGCUGACGCCACUGUUCGCUCACAGGGUGCUCCCCCUCCCCCCUCUUGCCCUCUGUUGCCUCUGCUGCUGCGGCCGACCUCGUUGGUCUUGAGUCGGUCGGUGCGGCGUCUGCCCCUAGCGGGAGACGCCGCUCAGGGAAGGGCAAGGGGGGCAAGGGCGCUGGAGGAGCUGUCAGGGGCGGUGGAGGCUGCGGUGGAGGCGGCGGAGGGGGUGGGGGUGGCGGUGGGAGUGGUGGUGGGGGUGGGGGCGCUAGUGGUUGCAGUUGAGGCGGAGGAGGAGGCGGUAGUGGCGGUGCAGGCAGAGGUGGCGGAGGUGGAGGCGGUGGUGGAGGUAGUGGCGGCGGAGGUGGAGCUGAUCAAGGCGGCUCUACGCAGAGGGUCGGCUCCGGUGGUGUUCCUCAACUUUCUCUUCAUGCUGUGGGUUGCUGCUCCUGCCUUUCUCACUAUGUAUGUUCGUAGCACAUUCGAGUCUCUCCAGGCCUUCCUAGCUCGGCUGACUGCCGGAUGGUACUGA